AUGUCCUACGAGGAAGUUUUGAAGACAGAGCUCAAAGAACGUCAAAAGGAGUGUGAUCACCUGAGGAAGAAAGUUCAGAAAUAUGAGAUCGACAAACAAAAAUGGGAGGAUAAUCUUCCCGUCGAUGUUCAGCUUCUCAUCGCACAGAAGAAACAGUUAGCUAAUCAGUUGAAUCAGGAACAAAAUGAUAAGCAAGAAAUAUUUAAACAAAUGAAUGUCUAUGUUGCUCAGUUAGCAGAGGUUUCCCAUGGGGAUAGCUUACGAGAGGAGAAUAAGAUUCUCAAAAGGAAAUUACAAGAUCAAGAGGCUGUCACAACAGCUGAAUCUCAAAGAUUAACCAACGAAUUGCAAAAAGUUCGAAUGAAUGCAGAUGUUGAUUCUACGAAGUUAAGAAUGGAACAUAAGAACUUACAAGCUGACUUCGAUAAAGUAACACAAGAACUGAGCAUGAAGACUGCCGCUUUGCAAUCCCUGAAGUUAGCAAAACAGGAUACAUCUAAAGAUGAAGAGUACAGAAGAAUGUCAGAAGAAACACUCGCUUUGAAGGAUGCUAUGAAGAAGCUUGAAAGGGAAAAAGAAGAAUUCCUAGACGAGAUAGAAAGAAAGAAAACAGAGGAAAGAAUACUGUUAAGAGAUAAGGAAGAUCUGCAGGUGGAGUUGGAGAGAUUACAAGAUGAAUUGAAAAGAGAAGCUGAAAGAAGCGAGAUAAUAGAUAAGGAAAGAAAGAAUAUAGAAAUGAAGCUUAUUGAGUCUAAGGCAGAUAUAGACAACCUCAGUCUCAAACUGUCACAUCAUGAAAGUAACUUCUUGUCGGCCGAGCAAGGAAAGGAUGAAAUGAUAAGGAGCCGAGAUGAACAAAUUAAAUCGUUGAAAGAGAAUGUUGCAAAACUAGAAGCUAAGCGAGAUGAGUUGACAGAUGAGAAGUUUAUCCUGGAGACAACUCUGAUCAAUAAAGAUACCACAAUUGAUACUACGCGCGUCGAUCUAUACGCAGCUCAAUCAAAGAUAGCUCAAGUUGAAGAUGAGAAGAUUACCUUAGAAUCUCAAUUAAAAAGUAGUGAAAGAGAAAUUUCUCAGCUUCUUGCUCAGAUCGGAGUUUUCGGAGCAGAAGACAAAGAGAUUGAUGUUCUGAGGUUAGAACUCAAGAAAGCCAAUGAACAUGUCAAUCUAUUAGAAAACCGUCUACAGAAGGCUAGCAGUCAAGCCAGCACAGAAUCGUUCCGUCAAGAGAUUGAAGAAUUGAAGAAUCAAAAUGAGAAGUUGAAAGAAGAGCGUAGCCUCAUGGAUUCUUUGAGAGAGGAAAUAAAGGAGCAGGAAGAAAAGAUAAACGCACUAACUCUCUCUGAAAAGACUGCUCGCGAAAAGUAUCAGAAGUUAGAAAGUGAACUGGAUGAUUCCAAAAACUCUAAAGUCUCUGUAGCUGAAGAAAUUAAGACUUUGAUGAAUUCUAUCAAUUCGCUCAGAAAACAGAUCGAUGAGAACAAUUUGGAUAUUGGAAAUCUUGAAAAAGAGAGGAAUGAAUCACGCCAAUUCAUCGAAGAUUUGAAUGAAGAGAUGAACGCAUGGAAGGAACAAGCUGAAGAAGCGCAAGCAGAGAAGGAACAGUUAGAAAGAGAGUUAAAGAUCAAGACCGAAAACAUGGCUCUUUUGACUUCUGCUAGUUCACACAAUAAGAGUGAUUAUGACAAUUUGCUCAAUGAAAUAGAAGGCUUACGGGAACUCAACAACGAGCUAGAAGAAGAACUUGCCAAGACGAGAGCAGAGUGGUCGCAGAUUUCGAAAAAGGCUGACACUCUUGAGAAGGUUAAGGAGGGAUACGUCCAAGAAUUGCAACAGUUAGCAUACGAAAAAGAGGAAAGCGAUGAGAAGUUUGAGCAGCAACUGAAACAUGUUCAGCAAGACCUUUUGAACCAAAAGAAGCGAAUUGAGGAGCUAGAAGAGGAACGGGUUAGAGCAGUUGGAUCAUCAGAUAGUGAAAAGAAAAGACUUUUAGACGAAGCUAAUGAACAACGGGAAAAAGCCUCAAAUGCUCAAUCGCGAAUUUCUACCCUGGAGGAGGAAGUUUCUUCGAUUUCUGGAUCAUUGUCACUUGCAAAUGUUAAGAACAAUAAUUUGGAGAGCAAAUUGGAACGUUUAGAGAUUGAGUUAGAAGAGGCUUUAACUCGUGUCGACACGUCAACUGUCACGGAAAUCAAAAUGCAACAGUUCGAGACUCAAAAUAACAAACUGCAAGAAGAAAUUACAAAAUUAGAAAAAGAUCUGAAAGAGACUAGAGAAAACAGGGAAACGACAGUGAAACUGUUAGAAAAACAGAUCGAAGAGUUGAAAUCAUCACAUAAUCUUUCUGAAGUUGAGAAGCAGGGAAUGGAAGAAAAAAUGGAGGAAUCUGAGAGAAUGAGUAGAAAGAUUAUUGAAUUGGAGGCAAAGUUGGCUACAAGUGCAGAAAAGCAGCAGCAAAGUUUGUUAAGCUUGAAGAACAUGACUGAACUGGUGGAAAAAGAAUCAAAGCGGUUCCAGGAAGCAGCUCAGGAAAAGAGAAGAUUCAAAGAGAGAGCCGAGGAAGCAGAAAGGUUGUUAGCCGAAGCUAAGGAAAAUCCUCAGCAAAGUGAUGAUGUUUUGAUAACUGAAAAUGCUCGCUUAGCCAGCGAGUUGAUGACAACCCGAUCUCAACAUGAGGAGAUGUUAGAAGACCAAAGGGAACAAGUUUCUAAGCAAUAUGAUGAGAAAAUCAAAAACUUAACUAGCCAAUUAGCAACAUCAUCAUCCCGUGUAGAAGAGUUGAACAGGACAAUUGUACAGACGGAGAAGAAGAGAAAAGAUGAAGUUGCUUCUGUAUAUGAUGAAUUACAAAUGGUUAAGAAUGAGAAUGCUCGAUUACAAGUUAGGAUCGAUGAAAUGUAUAAUACCAAUCGACUCGCUCCCUCUCGAAGAGUAUCCAAUAUGAGCGCCAUAACCAAUUUCAGUACAACCGAUUUUUCCGAAAUCGAUGACGUUGAUGUUUUGAGAGAACAAAUCGACAAGCAAAAACGGCUGAUCAUAGUUUUACGUCGGAAGUGUCAAGGAUUAUUAGGAAAAUAG